GCUGGAGAGUGACUGGUUAUUGAGUUUCACGGCAUCGCCGCAAUACAUUACAAAAGGGAAUCACCACCGGAUCAUCAAACAUGGUUCAGAUCAAGGCUCAUGAAUUGCGCACCAAGACCAAGUCGGAACUCCUCGGCGAACUUGAUGACUUGCAGCAAGAAUUGGCCCAGCUCCGCGUGGCCAAGGUGACCGGCGGCGCUGCCUCCAAGCUGGCCAAGAUCAAACUCGUCCGACGAUCCAUCGCGCGUGUGUUGACCGUGUACAACCAAACCCAAAAGGCUCGCCUCCGUGAAAAGUUGGGCCAAGGCAAGCAUGUGCCCGUGGACCUUCGCGAAAAGAAGACCCGCGCCAUCCGCCGUGCGUUGACCCCCGAGGAAAAGUCCAUCAAGACGUUGAAGCAGCAAAAGAAGGACGCGUACUUCCCCAAGCGUCGUUUCGCUGUUAAGGCUUAAAUUGAUUGCUGUCUGUAACAAGCGCGGUCGUCCCGGUGGUCGAAGAUGUGGUCAGGCCAAUACACUAGUCUUUUUCCCUCA